AUGGAAAAACCUUUAUACAAAAACACUUAUAAAAAGGUAACUAGUCUAAAAUAUAACCGGAGGAUUUAUUAUGAUAUCAUUUCUGCCCUUUACUUUGCAACUUUAUGGUUGUGGAUGUUUUUUGAUUGUGGACCAAAUUAUAUUAGUUUCUUCUACUACCUUACAAAUUGGGGAUGGACUUUAGUACUAAUAUUUUUUAUCAGUGCAACUGCAAUUGACCUCUUAAGAUUUAAAGAACAGCAUGUGCCUCUUCUGUUGAUAAAUGUAUGUUUACUUGUACGUGAAUUAGGGAUUUCACUAGAAAGCGUAAUAGUUCCAUUCUUCUGGAUAAUUGUUUAUCCAAAAGAACCAUGGAGAUCUAUAUUAUGGGAGAUUCAGAUGCAUGGUGUAGGUCUAGUGUAUCUAUGUUUUGACUAUACAAUAAGAAUAUCAAUAUUUUCCUCAUUAUCAAAAAAAAAUCUCUUCAUUGUAUCAAUUCUGUAUAUUCUGAUGAAUUGUUAUGUUGUCGUUAAAUUAGGAGUAACAAUAUACCCCGGAAUUACAUAUAAUACUUGGGGAUCGUGGAUUGUCGUGAGUAUAGCUACAAUUCUCGUUUUAGUAGCUCAUCAAGUAGCUUCACUAGUUACUAUAUGUGUGCUCAUCAAGAAUAGUAUUUUCAAGUCACACGAAGAAGCUCCCUUAGUAAUGAAAUGUACUCGAUUGUUUCAGAAAGCAAAUGAACUUCGCAAGAAAGAAGUCUUGAGGCGAAGAUUUGGUUCAAUUCUUAUAUAUAGUGAAGAUAACCUAAAUAAGGGAGAUUCUAGAGAAGACUACUGCAAAUAG